UAAUCUGUGGUGGAUCGCAAUCGCAAUUUUUUUUUAUUGUUUGUGUUUAUUUUUUUAUUUUGUUUACUUUUGAACUUUGAUAAUCGUUAUCAAUUUCUAAACAUAGCUUCGAAUUAUAAUAUUUACAUAGGUAGGUACGUAGUUUAUUCGAAAUUCGGAUCGCUUUAUUCUGCACCAUCAAGUCAAACAAUUAGCGGAAAUUAUAAUUGUAAAAAUGACAACGCCGGUGAAUAAAACUGUUCACGUCCUUGAUGGUGGAUUUUCUUCGCAAAUAUCCCGUUACGUGGGCACCAACAUCGAUGGAGAUCCCCUGUGGACCGCGAGGUUUUUGCAAACCAACCCAGAAGACAUCUUGCAGACUCAUUUAGAUUUCCUCAGAGCUGGCGCUGACAUUAUCAGCACGAACACCUACCAAGCAUCUAUCGAGGGCUUCGUAGAACAUAUCGGAGUUACCGUUGAUGGGGCACAUGACUUGAUUCGACGUGCUGUAGACCUCGCUAAACGUGCCAGAGAGAAGUACAUAGAGGAAUGCAAAACGCAAGGUAUGCCAGUGCGUAAAAUACUCAUUGCCGGUUCAGUAGGCCCGUACGGGGCGUAUCUUCACGAUGGCUCGGAAUAUACUGGCGACUAUGCAGACAAGACAGAAGAACAGACCAUGUUUAAAUGGCACAAGCCGAGAAUAGAUACACUGGUGACAUCAGGCGUCGAUUUAUUAGCAAUAGAAACUAUUCCUUGUAAAAAAGAAGCUUUGGUACUGAUUGAUUUGUUAAAACACUAUCCAAAUGUUAAAGCUUGGAUUUCAUUCAGUUGCAAAGAUGACAGAAGCCUGUCUCACGGUGAAAGCUUUCAAUCUGUCGCUAGGGCUUGCUGGGAGUCAAACACAGAGCAAUUAGUUGCAGUUGGGAUCAACUGUCUGUCACCAAAUCAUGUCAGAAACUUGAUAGAAGGUAUAAGUGAUGGCUUAAGCUCGCCCAUACCUAUUGUAACUUACCCAAAUUCAGGAGAGAAGUAUAAGUCUGGCAUUGGAUGGGUUGAGAAAGAUACAUGUGCAUCUUUACAUACUUUUAUUGAUAAUUGGUUGAAAUUGAACGUUAGGUAUGUGGGCGGCUGCUGCAGGACAUAUGCUGAGGACAUUGCUAACAUACGCAAAGUAAUUGAUGAUUGGGUCAAAAAAGUAUUUGGUAUAUCUGUUAAAAAGAAACAGAGAGACAAUAAGUUAAAUCUCCUCACAAGUGAGAAUCAAAGACUGAAAGAGGAAAAUCUAAAAUUGACUUUUGAAAUAUCAAGACUGCAGAAAAAUUUAGGGAAGGUGAACGAUAACAAGUUCUCGGACUACUUGUCGCUCAUGCGGGAGAGAGACGCGCGCUACACGCUGUACUUCGAGAAUGUGGCGCUGCAGCUCAAGCUGCGCGAGCUGGACGGCAGCGCGCGCGACACCAGCGCCGGGCGGGACCCCGCCGUGCGCGCCAUCGCGCUGGACAGGUGUCGGGAGCAGCUGUCAGUGACGCAGACGGAGCUGAAGCGCAUGAAGGAGGAGUAUGCGGAGAGCGUGCCGCGCCGCGAGCACGACGCGCUCGACGCUCGCUGCAGCACGCUGCGCGGCCGGCUGCACGCGCUCGCGGCCGAGCACGAGGCGCUGCGGACUGCGCACGAGCGGGCAUUAGCUCAAAAGGCAACCGUGGAAGAGGAGCUGAUAGAAUGCAAGGAGAAGUGCAGUGAACUGGAGCGCGCGGGCACGCCGCGCCCGGAGUGGGAGCUGUGCGGCGACUUCAUCGGUGGAGGGCGAGAGAGAUGGUGGCAACUAGCGAGCGGUUUGUCUUCGAGGGAUAUGCUCAGAGUCCUCUUGAAGGAGCUCGGGCCGGCCGCGGAGAGCGAGCAUUUGGAGUAUUUUGACGGCCUGGGCAUGGACCCCGUGAUCCCCCCCUACCUGCGCUACGAGGGCCGCGUCCGCAACCUGCGCCUGUCCCGGCGCGAGAUCGGCGUCAUCAUCAACGACAUCUGGCUCGGCAAACUGCGCCAGCCGCGCGACAUCUCCAUGCAGGACUACGUCACCCAUUACUUCGAAGAAAGAUACCAGCAGCCGUCGGUGCGCGCCGAGUGGGCCUACAACCUGUGCGCGGGCGCCGAGCAGCUGCUGGACGAGCCGGCGGUGAAGCUGUUCUGGGGCGUGCUGCACGGACACCUCAGCGAGCACAUCUACUGGGGGCACCGCGCGCAGUGGUACACGCUCAAGGACCAACUCUACAGGCACUGCAAGGAUGGGGAGACUAUUACGAUCGACGAUUUCGAGAAAAUCACGCGGUCAACAUUUCCUCUGAAAAGCGAAGUGGAUAUAAAAAACCUGAGCGACGUGGUGAAGAAACAGCUCAAGUUGAAGUUGAACGCCGUCGACAUCAACCUGGACAAGCUGUUCCUCGAGAGCGAGGAAGGCUUCGACCGCUCGGAGCUGGCGCGCGAGCUGUUCCGGCAGCGGCAGCGCGCGCAGGACCAGUACAUCCGCGAGGUGCUGGGCGCGCUGGGCGGGCGGCGCGCGCGCGUCGUGUGCGUCGACGGGCUCAAGCGCGCCUUCGCCGUCGUCGACCCCGCCAUCAACCACAUCCGUAUGGACCGCUACAUCCGCUGGGCGUUCUCCGCGCCCGCGUGCGAGCUGAGCAGCGUGCCGCCCGUGCCGCUGCGGACGCUGCUGGCGCGGCUCGCGGCCGGCGACAUCGAGCGCGUCGGCCCGCGGCACCGAGCCACGCGCAGAGCCUACAGAUAGCGUGCCGCCCGUGCCGCCCGUGCCGCUUAUACUAAUUUUAUUAUUAUUUACUCGUAUUA